GUAGUAGUUAUUGAACAGCAUUUCCAAGACGUGUUGAUUACCAACAUAGAUAUAAAGACAUGAGGGCCAUGUCUUUAUUUCUAUGAUUACCAAGGCCAUUUCAAUUUGUUGAUCUCUGGUUGAUCUGUUGGCCAUUUCCUGUGUUGAUUUAAGUUUACUGAGCCAUACCGUCCCUUUCCGUUCGUUAUAAUUCCUCUAUAUAGUAUAUACGGCCUUGAUCAUUUUUGUCGAAGACCCUCUUGAACCGCACACUGUUGCAUUGAUUGUGGAUCUGAGAAUGGGUAAAAAGAAGAAGCCCGUUGUUGUGGAUACGAUGACCACGCUGGCGGCUGCAGUGCGGGACUCUGUCCCUUCGCCCACAGUCACCUCUUACAGCAGGGAGCGGGCGAGCUCCAGCACGACAGCCAAGAAGUCUCCCGAGGCUGACGCCGCCGCCCCCGCCGCCGAGUGUGACAUGCAGGCGGCGCGUCACGAGGUGUUCCAGCUAGGCCUGGAGGGGAUGUCUCGCGCGCGACGCCGCGACGCCCGCCGCCAGAAGCUGGUGCGUCUGGGCGCCAAGCCGCCGCCGCGCGAGGCCACCAACUACCGCCUGCUGAUGGAGGAGGCUAAGAGGAAGCGCGUGGCGGAGAAACAGGAGCGGGAGACGCUGCGCAAGAGCGGCCUGGCGCUGCCCAACGUGGACCAACUCAAGGACUUUAAAAAGUUUAAGAAGCCUCGUAAUAAGAAUCGUGUUCGAGGGUUUGACGGCCAACCGGGCCGAUUCCAGAAGGGUGUUCAGAUUUUGCCGAGACGUGUGCGAAAGAGCUAGCCUUACCGGAAGUAUUGACUAUGUGGUGAUCUUCAUGAUUCGCGUUCCAUGAACUCACCUGUCUAGCUCCAUGAUAAGCCACAAAAUACCCUUUUGUGGCUGGUCGUGACAUGAUGAAAACUGAUGUGCUGUCGUGACUUUACGUGUGCGGAAUAUAUUUCUUGGCGAUUCAUUAGCGCACGUGUGAUAGACAGCUAUCAGCAUUUCAUAUUUUCCGGUUUUAAGAGCAUUUGAUACUGCGAUAUUCAAAAUUUGUUAUUGAACUCCUCUCCGCUCCGCCACUCCGUUGUUGUGCUGCUUGUGCUUCUGGGUAUUACACAUAUGUCGCACGUUGUGUUUGUAAACAGUGCCUGCUGUUUGUCUAAGUCUAUGUCGUUGACAACUAGGCGUGGAGUCGAUAAGUAUGUGAAAUAAAAGAAACGAGACAUAUGCUAAGCAGCUUGGAAUUGAACAAACAUUGUCUGGCGAUAACACAGCAUUGUCUUCAUGGUGUGCAUGCCCUACAGCACCAUUUGCAGUUGCAAUUAUGAUUAAUACAGAUCGGUUGAAAAAGGGUGGAUCUC